AUGUCAAAAGGGAAAGCAGAUCAAGUCUUCGUUCAAAACGAAAUCUCUCAUCUCUUCAAGAGAAAGUCACCUUUGAAUUGGGACCUCAGGUAUAAAAUUGCACAAGGCUUGGCUUCAGCUCUGUCCUGGGAACAAUGUGUACUGCACAGGGACAUUAAGUCCAGCAAUGUCUUGUUAGAUUCGGACUUCAAUGCUAGACUAGGUGAUUUCGGGUUAGCUUGGCUUGUUGACCAUGGAAAUGUAGCCGAAAAAACAAUAUCUGGAGGAACACCAGGGUGCCUAGCCCCAGAAUGCGCUUUAACAUACAAGACUAGUAAAGAAUCAGACGUGUAUAGUUUUGGAAUUGUUACAUUAGAAAUUGCUUGCGGACAGAAAGCAAUUCUUGGCAAUGAACCAGGGGGUGGUGUGAAAAUGUUGGUGGAAUGGGUUUGGGAUUUGUAUGGAAUGGGAAAGCUAUUGGAAGUUGUAGAUCCGAAGCUAGGCAGAAACUUUGUGAAAGAAGAAAUAGAGCAAUUAAUGAUGAUUGGGUUGUGGUGUGCUCACCCUGAUAGUAAUUGUCGGCCAAAAAUAAGCCAAGCUUUACAUGGUCUUAAAUUCCAAGUACAGCUGCCCACCCUUCCAGCACAGAUGCCUAAGCCAAUUUACUCAACUUCAUAUUUAAAUCAGCAGUGGCAGAUACUUGAGGGCCAUAGGAGCUCCAGCAACAACAGUUGUCCCUCACGUUUCACUUCAUCUUCCAUCAUGGAUGCCGCUUCUUCAUCAUCAUCUGCCUCACAUUCGCACACGCACUGA